AUGCCCUCGCGACGACCCAGUAAAUAUGGAACAAAAUUCAGAUCCUCGGCGGCGACAUAUCAGCCUAAACGUGCAAAAACGGUGGAAUUUUCGGCUCUCAGGUCCAGCGAAGCCACUUCACAAGAUGAGAAGCACCAGGCCGCAAAGUUGGCGAACAGUAUCGAUGAGCUGAUGGGUUUCCCGCGUUUCGAAUCCGGAAAAAAACGUAUGGGAUGGCUAUGUAAUAUGCAUAGUACUACGAUUGAGGAUCCCAAGACACCGGGAGGGCGAGCAGGAGUAGAAUUCUAUUUUCUUGAAGAUGAUGGAGGCAGUUUCAAAGCUACCGUCGAAUAUGAUCCCUACUUCCUAAUUGCGACAAAACGUGGUUAUGAGAUGGAGGUGGAAGAGUGGUGUAGAAGAAAAUUCGAAGGACUCGUUAAACGUACAAAGCAGGUUGAAAAGGAGGACUUGCAAAUGCCCAAUCAUCUGCUGGGCAAUAAACGGCGGUUCAUCCAACUGAACUUUGCCAACGUCAAUGACCUCCUGGCUGUAAGGAAGACACUUCUUCCUAUUGCAGAGAAGAAUAGAAAAACUGUGAAUGCUAUGGAUACUUAUGCUGAAAUUGCUAGUGCCAAUGCUGGCUUUGAGCUAUUUGAUGAUGAAGGAAUUGAUAGAGUAAAAAGCGCGCACUUAGAGACGAGUGAGUUUAUUGUCGAUAUACGAGAGUACGAUGUUCCGUACCAUGUACGGGUUGCAAUUGACAAAGAUAUUCGGAUUGGAAAAUGGUACACCGUGGAUGCUACCCAUGGCCUUGUUUCUCUAACUUGCAUGGAGGAGAGACUACAGCGAGCCGAUCCCGUUGUCCUGGCUUUUGACAUUGAAACCACGAAACUCCCACUCAAGUUUCCCGAUCCUGUUAUUGAUCAAAUUAUGAUGAUUUCUUACAUGAUAGAUGGCCAAGGGUAUCUAAUUACGAACAGAGAGAUUGUUUCCGAAGAUAUCAGCGAUUUUGAAUAUACCCCUAAACCAGAAUAUGACGGUCCUUUUACGAUAUUUAAUGAAGCGGACGAAAAAGGUGUUAUUGAACGUUUUUUCCAGCAUGUGAAAGAGGCACGACCUACAGUUAUUGCGACUUAUAACGGUGAUUUUUUUGAUUGGCCUUUCGUUGAGGCCCGUGCAAGUGUCCAGGGGAUUGAUAUGUACACAGAAAUUGGAUUUCGAAAGAAUUCCGAAGAUAUAUAUCAGAGUGACUACUGUGUUCAUAUGGACUGUUUUGCCUGGGUGAACAGAGACAGUUAUCUACCUCAGGGAAGCAGAGGCUUGAAGGCGGUUACGGUAGCAAAACUCGGAUAUGAUCCCGAUGAACUUGACCCCGAAGUCAUGACGCGAUAUGCGAGCGAGCGGCCGCAAACUCUUGCGGAGUAUUCAGUUUCAGAUGCUGUCGCGACCUACUAUCUUUAUAUGAAAUACGUUCAUCCCUUUAUUUUUUCGCUGUGCACCAUUAUUCCGCUUAACCCAGAUGAUGUUUUGCGCAAAGGUACCGGUACUCUUUGUGAGAUGCUACUUAUGGUUCAAGCUUACAGCAAUAAUAUUAUCCUUCCAAAUAAGCACAAAGAUCCAAUUGAAGCCUUCUGGGAUGGCCACCUGUUGGAGUCGGAAACUUACGUCGGAGGUCAUGUCGAAAGUAUCGAAGCGGGAGUCUUCCGUAGUGAUAUCCCAGUCAACUUUUCAAUUGAUACUGCUGCCAUUGACGAAUUGAUUCGUGACCUUGAUGCAGCUCUUACAUUUAGUAUCACGGUCGAGGAAAAAAAGUCCUUGGAAGACGUGACCAAUUAUGACAAAGUCAAAGAGCAAAUAGCAGAGAGACUCAUGAAUUUGAAAACGACGCCUAAUAGACACGAACGGCCAUCCAUUUACCAUUUAGAUGUGGCGUCGAUGUAUCCCAACAUUAUGACUACCAACCGUCUCCAGCCAGACUCAAUGAUUAAAGAAUCAGACUGCGCUGUUUGUGAUUUCAACCGACCCGGAAAGACUUGUGAUAGACGGUUGCCAUGGGCAUGGAGAGGCGAAUUUUUGCCAGCGAAGCGAGAUGAAUACAAUAUGAUUCGGCGAGCUGUUGCGAAUGAGCGGUUCCCUGGAAAAACAAGGGACGGUCCUCAGCGAAGUUUUGACGAGCUUGGCGAAUCGGAGCAAGCUAAAAUCAUUAGAUCCCGACUGCAGGAAUAUUCCAAGAAGAUUUAUCACAAAAUCCAUGAUAGUAAAACCAUCGAGAGGGAAGCAAUUAUCUGCCAAAGAGAAAAUCCAUUUUACGUGGACACUGUGCGCAAUUUUCGUGACCGUCGAUAUGACUUCAAAGGGCAACAAAAGGUCUGGAAGGGUAAAGUCGAUACUCUAAAGGGCUCUGGUGCGUCAACAGCAGAAAUUGACGAAGCAAAGAAAAUGGUUAUUCUGUUUGAUUCCCUUCAACUCGCUCACAAAGUCAUCCUCAACAGUUUCUAUGGAUAUGUCAUGCGAAAAGGCUCGCGCUGGUAUUCAAUGGAGAUGGCCGGUGUGACAUGUCUUACAGGCGCCCAUAUUAUUCAAAUGGCCAGAGAACUCAUAGAGAGAAUCGGAAGACCACUGGAAUUGGACACUGAUGGUAUUUGGUGCAUGCUUCCUGGUACAUUUCCAGAGAAUUUCGCCUUCACUUUGAAAAACGGAAAGAAACUUCCUAUAUCUUACCCCUGUGUCAUGUUGAAUCAUUUGGUUCACGCACGUUUUACAAACCAUCAAUAUCAAACUCUUGUUGACACUGUUAACUUUCGAUAUGAAACUCAUAGCGACAACUCCAUCUUUUUUGAGGUUGACGGUCCAUACAAGGCUAUGAUCCUGCCAACAUCGAAAGAAGAGGACAAAAAUUUAAAAAAGAGAUAUGCUGUUUUUAAUCAUGAUGGUUCGCUAGCGGAGCUUAAGGGCUUCGAGGUCAAGCGAAGAGGAGAACUAAAACUCAUCAAGAUUUUUCAGACCCAGAUAUUCAAAUUCUUUCUGGAGGGAACAACCCUGCAGGAGACGUAUGAUGCUGUGGCCGAGGUUGCUAACAGAUGGCUUGACGUCCUCCAUUGUCGUGGAUCUACUUUAGCGGAUGAAGAGUUAAUAGAUUUAAUUUGCGAAAACCGUAGCAUGACAAAAACCCUUGAAGAGUAUGGCGCUCAGAAAUCGACUUCAAUCACCACUGCAAAACGAUUGGCUGAGUUCCUUGGCGACCAAAUGGUCAAGGACAAGGGCCUUAAUUGCAAAUAUAUCAUUUCUGCAUCUCCAAAGAACUCUUCGACUACGGAACGUGCGAUUCCUGUUGCUAUAUUUUCUGCAGAACCAAGUGUGAAGAGAUUUUUUCUGCGUAAAUGGCUCAAGGAAGACCCCGGUGACAUGGAUCCUCGCGGUAUCAUUGACUGGGAGUACUAUCUCGAGCGAUUAGGCUCGGUCAUACAGAAGCUGAUCACAAUUCCGGCCGCCUUACAAAAAGUCCGCAACCCAGUUCCCAGAGUUCCCCACCCAGACUGGCUCCAGAGGCGAAUAAAUAUCAAAGAUGACAAGUUCAAACAAAAGAGGAUGACAGACCUUUUUGAAAAAGCACCAUUGUCUGACCUUUCAGCCAACAUACUGGAUCACCGUCUGCCCAGUACUGGUGAUAUCGAAGAUGCUUUAGCCUCACAAAAGCUCAAUGCUCCAGCAGAUACUUUGACGGGGCAGAAAAGAAAAGCCCCGGAGCCUUUGCACUCUGUCGACCCUUUUGCCAGUCUUCCAUCUUUCAUGCCUUCCAUUACGGAAGAUUAUGAGGGCUGGCUCAAAUAUCAAAAACAGAAAUGGAAAAUACAAAAGAAUGCUCGUCUUCGCCGCCGCAAACUGUUUGGGGAGCGCACCGUGGUUGCAUCUGAUUCGAUCAGCAAUUUUUUCAGAAAUCAAGCGGAGCUUACCUACGUUAGCACAUGGCAGAUUUUACAGUUCCGGGAGACAGAUAUCCCUGGAGAAAUAAGGGCAUUCAUACUUAUUGAUCGGAAAAUUCAUCCCAUUAUUAUCAAGGUACCCCGCAAACUCUUCGUCAAUUUUAAAAACGAGGAUCUCCCGGACGUUGACAUUCCGGAGUGCACUGUCCAAAAAAUCAACCAUACUCUACCAAAUGGUCACCCUUCAGUUCAUCUAUUUCAAUUAACUAUGCCCGAACAAGUUUACACAAAGGAUACGAAGGUUAUUUCGGAGCUAUUAGAUCAUCCAAGUGUUGAGGGCGUUUACGAAUCACAGGUUCCCCUGAAUAUUCGUACCGUUAUCAAACUUGGUACACAGUGCACAUUUGAUGAAAACCAGCGGGGGGUUUUAGGAAAAGGGUUAGAGCAUGGGUUUGAGCUGUCGUCGUUGUUGAAAGCUCCACCAACACAAACCUAUCUUGCGGAUUCUCAAUUUGAAUUCGCAUUUUUGUACCAUAUUGUAUCCGGGGAUCGCCAGAUUUUUUCCCUUAUCUCAACCCGGAGGGAUCAAGCGUACAUCGUAAUCCUUUCGAAGCAGCGUGAUACACAAGGAUUUCCAAAUAUUAGCAAAAUAUACUCCGAAUCUUUACGGCAACGUGCUCAAGAAGCCAACUCUGAAACCUGGCAACAAAUUUUUCAAUAUCAGGAGAAUCUAAACUUCAAAAUUGUGCAGGUUACCUCAAGGCGCAAAGCCCAUCUCGAAAUAGGUGACCUCCUGAGAAAGUUUCGCAAUGAAAGCUCAUAUCCAACUUUGUUCGUCGUGCAGUCGCCCCAAAAACAACAACUUUUACAUGAAAUCCCAACAUUUAAGGAUUUUCCGCUAUUAGCAUUGGGAUCUGACCCUCCAGACAAUGAAAUGCCACCGCUUGGCUGGCAGCCGUUCGUCGCUAAACAGAUUGUUAUUCACUACCUGGCUUUGGACUCAUGGAUCAAUCACUUGAUUGAAUUUUCAAGACAUGGCGAUGUACCGCUUUGCAACCUUGAAAAAGAUGAUCCAAAGUUCUUGAUCGACAUUGCUUACGCAAGAAGACUAGAACAAAAUAAUGUUGUUCUAUGGUGGUCUUCUGGUCCGCUACCUGAUCAUGCGGGCUACGAGAGAGAUGAUCUUGAAACUCUUCUGCAGAAAGUUGAAAUUCCGACGAUCAACCACGCUGGAGCGUACUCUUCCGUCUGUAUUGACCUUGACGUUCGAAACCUGGCUAUUAAUACGAUAUUGACUUCUGCUCUUAUCAAUGAACUGGAAGGAAGCGAGUCCGUUUUGCUCAAUCCAUCAGUACCUAAUGGUACAGAAAUAUCAGAUGGCUCUGGGGUACUCUAUUCGGACACGGCAUUUGCAUCGGCAGGCAUCAUUGUCUUACGGGACAUGGUCAAAUCCUGGUGGGUAGAAGCCUGUCAAGGGAAAACAAUGGCCGAUGUCAUGGUACAACAUUUGAUACGAUGGGUGGAAAGCCCAGACUGUAAGCUAUACGAUCGCCGCCUUCAACAUUAUGUCCAGAUGAUGUCCAAAAAGGCUUUGCAGCAAUUAAUGGGCGAAUUCAGGCGCGUUGGUUCAAAUGUCAUUUUCGCUAGCCCGAAUCGUUUGCUAUUGCAGACUACAAAGACGGAGGUCGGGAAUGCAUACGCAUAUUCCCAAUAUAUCUUGAAAUCAAUUAAAGCUAAACCCUUAUUCAACUUCUUGGACCUUGAACUGAAAGAAUACUGGGAGUACUUGCUUUGGUAUGAUGAAUUCAACUAUGGCGGCAAGGCAUGCCAUGAAGUGGUGGAGUCCAGUAGCCAGGAGCUUGAGACAAUCAUGCAUUGGCAGAUAAACGGAUUCUUACCAGCUCCUUUGCAGCAGACUUUUAAUGACUGGGUUGUUGAAUACAUCGAGAUCAUGCACGGCUUAAAAAAGGCCAAAAAAUCUGCCGACUCGGAUGAAUCGCGACUAACACAGAUUCAGUUCAAAUCUCUAACGGAUACGGAGGGUAUCGAAAUAACUAACGUUCUCGCUGAAAAUUACUCUAAAGCCCUCAAACGGCAAAUUACUGGGUUGAUCCGACGCCAGCGGGACGAAAUGCUUCAUCCAGAGCUAGCCUCAGAUUAUGAGUUUCCCACAAUUCCCGGUGCCUAUUGGCAUGAUACCAAGCGCGAGAGAAAUCCAACAUUGGAGCUUGUCAAGUACCUUAUGCACGUUCUGGGCCUGUCAAAAUAUACGUCCUUAGAAGUUCGAGUUCUCCGCCGAGAGCUUUUGGCUCUCUUCGAUAUCAAGGAGUUUAGCGACGCAGGUAAAUUCGAGAACCCAAGCGCCAGUCUGAAACUCCCUCAGGUGAUAUGCAAUCACUGUACAAUGACUCGUGACUUGGAUUUUUGCCGCGACAGCGACAUUCUCCCCGAGAAAGGCGAUCCUGCGGGCUCAAGCAAACGGUGGUGCUGUCAUUACUGCAACACGGAAUAUGACCGCCUUGCGCUGGAAGAGAAGAUGGUUGGGGAGGUAGAAGGCUUGGUUUUGGAGUGGCAAAUGCAGGAUUUGAAAUGCACGAAAUGCAAAGCGUUGAUGGCAAAUCCCCUGCUAGAACAUUGCUCUUGUGGCGGCAGUUGGACCACAAUGCUCGACCGACGGGCAGUAGAGCGCAAGCUGAGGGUAUUCCAAAGCGUGGCGGAGUUCUAUGGCUUGAAGAUGCUCACGAUUGUUACGACCGGCGUUCUGGAUAGGUUGUAA